AUGGAAGUGAAGAUCACUUCCAAAGAGCUAGUCAAGCCUUCUUCUCGGACCCCGCGACACCUCCGGACCUUCAAGCUCUCCCUUCUCGAUCAGCUCAUUUACGCUCCUGUUACUCCAUUCAUCCUCUUCUACCCUUCCAACUCCGAGCCCAACCCGCUCUUAGAUGUCCGGCAGAAACUGAAUCUUUUGAAGAAGUCCCUCUCCCAGACCUUGUGUCGGUUCUACCCGUUGGCUGGGAUAAUACAGGAUGAUCUCACUGUCGAAUGUGACGAUGGAGGAGCCCAUUUUAUAGAGGCUACUGUUAACUUGUCCUUAUCUCAAUUCCUCGCCAACCCAGACCUCAUUUUGCUGAACAAAUUCGUUCCUUCUGGCUUACGGUAUGCCUAUGGAGAUUCCCUGGAACUGACUCGAGCUGCUAAUAUUCAGGUGAAUGUAUUUCGGUGUGGCGGGCUCGCCAUUGGUAUAUGCAAUCCGCACAGACUUCAGGAUGGGACUGCCAUAGGAACAUUUUUGAUGGAGUGGGCUGCAGCUGCCCGCAGCGGAAGCAGCCCAGCAGCCUCUUGGGGCCUCGUUGUGUCUCCAGCGCAGCUCUUCCCGGUGAAAGAUCUGUGUCUGAGAGACAAAUUUCUCAACGCCUUUAACCUAAAUUACAAAAGAGGAAAAUGUGUGAGGCAGAGGUUUCUCUUUAGCAGGUCUUCAAUCGAGGCCCUUAGGGCACGAGGAUCAGGUCCCAUUGUCAAGAACCCAACACGGGUCGAGGCGGUCUCGGGUUUCUUAUGGAAGUGUGCAAUGGCUGCUUCUGAGAGGAAGAAUAACGGUCUCAGAAGGCCUUCAGUCUUCACGCAAUUUGUGAAUAUUCGCAAAAGGAUCAAUCCUCCCUCAUCAAAAUUCUACCUUGGAAACUUUAUUUGGUUGGCCAUUGCAAAAUGCCACAACAUUGAUUCUUACAAUGAUAUGUUGCCUUCAUUGGUCAGUGAAUUGAGGAGAGCAGUCGACAAGAUAGACACCAACUUUUGUCUCACGGAUAAGACAUGA